AUGUCUGAUACUGAUGAGAUGACCAUCAAUCUUCUCUUGGUUGGAAGGACGCAGAGUGGAAAAAGUGCUUCUGGGAAUAGCCUUCUGGGCAGCUUUGACUUUGACAGCCAUCUAUCCCCAAGAUCCGUGACCACAGGCUGCAGUCUCGGAUGCAGCUGCCGCAUCUCAGGCUUCACACGCCGAAAUGGCCAUGAGCUAGCCCUGCGGGUUCACGUGAUGGACACUCCAGGGUAUCCUCACAGCAGCCUGAGCAAAGAAGAGGUGCAGCAAGUGGUGAAGGCAGCUCUGGCACAGCACUUUGGAGAUGAGGGCCUUCACCUAGCACUCUUGGUCCUGAGAGCUGACUUGCCUCUUUGUGAGGAAGAAAGUCACACAAUUCAGCUAGUCCAGGAACUUCUGGGUCCCACAUGGAAAAACUUCACUGCAAUUCUAUUUACACAUGCAGACAAGGUAAAAGAGGCAGGAUUAAAUGGAGACGAAUACUUGCAUAUUGCCUCUGAUACCCUGCUAAACCUUUUGAGCUCAAUACAACAGAGAUACAUUUUUGUAGACAACCAGGCAAACACACUCCAAGAGGAAAGAAAAACAAUCUUAAGAAAAAUCAUGGAAUUUAUAAGACAAAAUAGUUACCAGGUGCUUCUAGUUAAAUAAAUGGAUGGUGACAAAUACAAAUUAUCUCUCAGGUACUCAUUUACUAACAGCCAUCUUCUUUUCUACUUUGGGAUAAAAUUACAUGCAGAGACGAGGACUCUAGAAGUCAGCACUAAGUGCUUGGGGUAUUCAUGCCCAAAUCAACAUUUGCAUUUCACUUAUUAUAAAAUAGAUAAACUGUUUAGACUACAAAAUUAGUUACCAUAAACAUGUAUAGUAUGCCUAUCACUCUACUAACAGCCAUUAUCACACCAGAUCACGGAUUCAGGCUGAAUUCUGGACAGUGUCCCUAUUACUGUGUUUACAAAUAUUACACCACAGAUCAUCACAUUUUAUAUUGUAGCUCACAAAGAGCAGGUUACUGAGUAGAAAAUAAGAAUACGUAUGCUCAAAACCAUUGUAGUGUUGCUGUGCAUUAUUGAAUAGCUACCACAUCCUGCCUGAAUUGGCUGCCCUUCAGAUUCUUAUUUUUUGCACUUGAUUCUACAGUCUUUACUAAGGUAAAAGCACAUAGUUUGCAAAGACCUUUCAGAUCUUACAGUUUGAAAGUCUCAUACUGUAAUCUAUUUUCCCAUCUUGCUUCAUAAUGAAUCCUAAUUUAAACAGUUUUAACAUCUUAAAGAAUAUCAGACCUCAUUCGCUACGUAGAUUAUAAGGCAGUUUAAAUAGCUCCCAUGUUUUGAAGAUUAUUCAGAGUAUUUGGAAGAACAAAUUAUUACUGCUAGUUCCCAGAUGCAUGCAAAAUUAGUACUGUGGGGGUAUAUAUACAAAGCACAUUUAAAAACAUUUGUAUUCAUCUUCCCUUUGUGCCUGUCUCCCUUAAUUUUAUAUCAUUGUCAUUUUAUUGUUUUCCCAGCUUACUGAAUGACGUUUGAAUUCUGGAAAAUUCAAAGACUGAGAAAUGUAUUUUAUUAUUUCAGUGGUUAGACAAUAGAUGGACAGUAAAUGAAACACAAACACUUGGAAGUAUAUUUAAACAGUUAUUGGGGAUUUGAAAAGGUUAGUUGUGAAUUGAUAUAUUGCGGCCACUUUAUUAUUAAUCGUGGCUACUUCCUUUUAACAUGUGAUGCAGUAAAAUAACUUAUUUUAAAGUAUAAAAAUUAAAUUAGCUGUUCCUGUUUCAGCAAAGUAUGUGAUUCUGUUUACAAUGUGUGUCUGAAGAAAUUUCAUGUAGAAGUUACAAUACAAAAUGGAUUCACUUGAUUUUUGUUUCAUGCAUCAGUGCACCACGAUAAUUGAAUUAAAUUAAUUUUGUUGGUCAGAAUCUAUUCUUCAGUGAUGAUUUACGGGUAUGAUCCACCACAUUCACUUCAGUUAAAUUAGAAGUCUCUGCUUAGGAGCAGCCCAAAACUACAUGGGCAGAGGAGUAUGACAUGAGUUCCACCUACCCAUUGUCAGAUCACUAACUCUACACUACCUGAAUACCUGGCAUUAAAGACCUUUCUCCAUGAGGGCCCCUGCUUCCUGAGUAACUCUUUAGGUCACAGUGGUUCUCAACCUAUUUACCAUUGUGGGCCGCAUCCAAUACUACUUGUAUGGCCUGGAGGAUGUCACAUGGGCCGCCGCUCAAUGCUGACUGGGCCACAAGUGGACCACGGGUCGCAGGUUGAGAACCACUGGUUUAGAGUGCAGAGUACUUCUCCAUCCCUUUCUAAACUAAGCUCAAAUAUCCUCAGAAUCUGCACCCCGUAUUCGAUUGAAAUAAGCUCAAGCAUUUAAUAUACCUAGUUAAUAACUGUGCAUAUUAUUUAAUUUGUCUAAUCUGCAAAGUGA